AUGGCUCCCACCCUUUCCGUUAUCUCGAAGAAAAAGGCACUUCUUGUUGCCGUCAGAUAUCAAGAAUUGCACGACAAACAUCCCAAGGAGAAACCAGAGUUCAUGUUGCCUGGUACACAUUACGAUCCCCCAAGGGUUAAAAAAUUGCUCACUGAUAGAUACGGAUAUGCCGAAAGAGAUAUUGUUAUUCUCAUGGACGACAAUAAGCACACACGCCCGACGAAAGAAGCAAUGGAAAAAGAAAUGAAGGAUCUAGUAAAAGAUGCUCAGCCCGGAGACCACUUCGUUUUUUCCUUUUCCGGACACGGUUCUCAAAUCGAGAAUCUCGAUGGCACAGAAGAAGACGGAUACGACGAAGUCAUCUGGCCUGUCGAUGUGGAAUAUGACCCUGCCAAGCCCGACUAUGAGAAGGCAACUAACUAUAUCAUGGACGAUACAUUAAAAGAAAUAUUGGUGGACAAACUGCCACCAAAUGCCCACCUCACUGUCCUGCUGGAUUGCUGCCAUUCAGGGACUGGAGUCGAUUUACCCCAUAGUCACUCAAUUAAUAGCUUUGAUCAUAUGUGGGUAUCGCCUACUGUGUCACCUGUCUCUUCACCAGUCACACAAUCUCCCUACGGAUUGCCUGUGUCGGGCAUAAUAAAGACAAACCUUCAACGUGCAAUGAGGCAGGACUCCUUCCCAAAUAUUUCGCGAUCUUCCACUAUGGAAAGCACUGGUGGAGAAUCGAAGAGGAAUAUGAAGGGGAUGGCACGAAACAUGCGGAUGCCCUAUAGGAUUCGUGGUCCUGACAUCAAAGAAAAAGCAAAUGGUGAAAGCAUUUUGCAGGAUGGAGUACUAAAUAAAAAUAUCGACAAACGUGCUUUACCUGAACAGGACCCGACAAAACUUGCUCAUGCCGUAUACAGUUUUCUGAUAUCUUGGUCUGCAUGCUUAGAUGGUGAGAUUGGCCUUGAUAGCUCUACUGGCGGCAUCCUCACAAAAAUUUUUGUUGCCUUGCUUGAAGAGAACAGUGACCGGACCCACAAGGACAUGCUUGAAGCAUUGACGCGAGAAUUAUUCCAGAAAGCAAAAGAUGCAAAACGCUGGCUCAGAGAAAAUGGAUACGGAGAGAUUCCUCAGCCUAAGCCGAGUCUUGGAAGUCUUCGGCCUCUGGACGAGAUUCUCGACGAGCCGUUUACCUUCUGAAUACCUUCCUCCCUUCAUCGGUUAUUCAUUGGCAUAUUAGUCCGGUUCUUCUCUUGUUCGCGGUGGUUCUAUGAAUAGCUGGAAGGCGACGGGUAAGGCACGACACCGCAUUAACUAUGCCGCGUUGUACUCGUUUUCUUCUUUCUCUUUUCACUAUGGCACACUAUUUAAUUGGCAUAGGUUCAUUUCUUGACGUAUAUAUAAAUUUAGCAUGUUCUCGUGGCAAAAUUCAUAUCUUGAUGUAUAAUCACUAGAUUCGUAUAUUAUCAAUUACGUUUUGAUGGC